AUGUUUCUGGUACUGUUGGCGACGUUUUUGGGCAUCGCCCUCACCUGGAUGGUGGUUAGCAUCAUCCGGAACCGUGCUAUCGUAGCCAAGCUGGACAAACAGCUUACCAACUUCACCGUCAUACCGUCCAUUCCGGUGCUUGGAUCGGCGUUUCACUUUAAAGAUCCAACGCCCGAAGGAAUCUUUACCACGUUCACCGGGUUCCAUCGGACGUACGGACGGAAUCUCAUCACGCAGAGCCUGUUCAAUUUUCCCUCGAUGCAGAUCUGCGAUCCGAAAGUGAUCGAGCAAGUGAUGCAGGCGCGCACGAUCGAGAAAACGAUCAUUUACGACUUUAUGAUGCCGUGGCUCGGUUCCGGGCUCGUUGUUUCGACCGGUGCGAAGUGGGCCCAGCGCAGGAAAGUCAUUACACCGACGUUUCAUUUCAAAAUUCUCGAAGACUUCCUUGUUAUCAUGAACAACCAGACGGAUGUGUUGAUCGAUAAGCUGCAGAAGAAUACGAAUGGAAAGGAUUUCGAUCUAUACGAGCACGUGACGUACUGUGCGCUGGACAUUAUUUCGGAAUCGGCGAUGGGCGUGAAGCUUAACACGCAGCUUCAACCGAACUCGGAAUAUGUGAAGGCCGUGAAAGAAAUUUCGGAUAUCAUUCUUAAGCGUCUUUUUUCCUUCCUGCGUGAGUACAAGUGGGCAUUCCAGUUCACGAAGGCACACCAGCGCCAGGCAGAACUUCUAAAGGUGGUGCACGGGUUCGCCCAUCAGGUGAUAAGCGAACGCAAGAAGCAGCUGCAGGACACCCGGGAACGUCAACGGGCCCAGGAAAAACUGGAAGAAGACGACAUCUACGGAAAGCGUCGUAUGACACUGCUGGACCUACUGCUAAACGUCGAAAUCGACGGUAAACCGCUGACCGAUUCGGAAAUUCGCGAAGAAGUUGACACGUUCAUGUUUGCCGGUCACGAUACGACCACGUCCUGCAUCAGCUUUGCCGCGUACUAUCUUUCACGCGACCCUGCCAUCCAGCAGCGUGUGUACGACGAGAUACAGGCCAUCGUUGGGCCAGAUGCAAAGAGUGCGGAGCUAACGUACGGUACGCUGCAGGAACUGAAGUACCUCGAUAUGGUGAUCAAGGAAACGCUUCGCAUCAAUCCGUCCGUACCGAUCAUUGGUCGUCGAUCGGCUGGCGAUAUGGUUAUCGAUGGUGUGGACAUACCGAAGGGAAUGGAUUUCGGUAUUAUUAUCUACGCACUGCACAACGACCCUGAGCUGUAUCCCGAGCCGGCACGGUUCGAUCCGGAACGGUUUAGCGACGAAGCGUCCGCCAAAAGGCAACCGUACAGCUACAUCCCGUUCAGUGUCGGUUCGAGAAACUGUAUCGGGCAGCGGUAUGCGAUGCUGGAGGUAAAAACGAUGCUGGUGAAACUGUUGGCCAAUUAUCGCUUUCUGCCAUGCGAGGAAAGCAAUCGGUUGCGUAUCAAAACAGACAUGACGCUUAAACCGGUAAAUGGGACGUUUGUGAAGAUUGUCCCAAGAAUAGCCACCGAGUGCGAAACGAUGGCCAUCGGUGGGCUACUGAUCAUUGCUCUUUUCCUUCUAACGAUUCUCUACAUCACGCUGAAGGUGCUCCGAAACCGUCGUCAUGGAGCAGCUCUACUAAAACAGUUGCCAUACUUCCGGCUGCUACCAUCCGUCCCCAUACUGGGAAGUGCGCCCCUCUUUCUGGACACUACACCCGAUGGUGUACUGCGUACGAUGGUCGACUGUCAUCGACGUUACGGGAAGAAUUUCGUACUGCAGGAGCUUUGCAACGAGUUCAAACUGAUCACAAGCGAUCCACGCAUUAUCGAGCAGGUGAUGCAAGCGAAAACGAUCAUUAAGCCAAACUUUUAUCGCUUUCUGAGACCGUGGGUCGGAAGUAGCAGCGUUUUGACGAGCGGCCCACACUGGAUCAACCGUCGGAAGGUGAUCAAUCCGGGGUUCCACUUUAAAAUGUUACAGGAUUUUCUCGUUACAAUGCAAACGCAGACGGACAUAUUGGUGGCGAAGCUGGCACCGCUCGCCGACGGAAGUACGGACAUUGAUGUGUACGGUCCGUUGCGGUUCUGUGCGAUGGACAUUAUCUGUGAGACGGCGAUGGGCGUUCGGUUGGAAUGCCAAUCCAAUCCUAAGAUUCUAUUUGUUGAAGCAACGGAAGUAACGAUCGAUUUGAUUUACAAACGGUUAUUUAAUCCUGUGUACGCUAACGACACGCUGUACCGCUUUACCAGCGCUGGACGUCGGGCAAAGGAAUCCUUAAAAAUCAUUCACCACUUUACGAGUUCUGUGAUUCGGGAGCGUAUGAAGCGACCCACCAGAGCAUCGCGCGAUGAAGAGAAUCGAACGUGUAAGAUGACAUUUUUGGAUCUACUGCUUGAGUCGCGCCUCGAUAGCGAUGAACCACUGUCCGAUGACGAUAUUCGUGGGGAGGUUGGUUCGUUUAUGUUUGCCGGACAUGAAACCGUUUCGUCGUGCAUUAGCUUUGCCCUGUACUAUCUGUCUCGGAAUGCGGAUGUGCAGCAGCGACUUUAUGAUGAAAUAAUGGCCGUGUGCGGUACGAACGAUACCACCAGCUCAACUGAGCUGACAUUUGCCUCACUGCAGGAUCUCAUCUUCACGGAACAGGUCAUCAAGGAAACGUUACGCCUAAAUCCUUCGGUACCGAUGAUUGGAAGAAUGUCGGCCGGAGACAUGGUAAUUGAUGGUGUCACGAUACCGGCCGGCACGGAGGUGAGAUUUAACAUCUACGUGAUGCAGAACGAUCCAGACUACUACCCGGAUGCUGAUCAGUUCCGACCAGAACGGUUUGCAGAAGAACCAAAGCCAUUCACCUACCUACCGUUCAGUACAGGGAUACGGGCAUGCAUUGGGCAACGGUUUGCGAUGAUGGAGAUGAAAACGCUGUUGGUGAAGCUAGUAUCCCGAUACCGGUUUUUGCCGUGCGAGCAGGAAAAUACAUUACAGUUGAAGGCUGACCUAACACUCAAACCGUUUCGUGGAGCGUUUAUCAAAAUAGAGGAAAGGAUAUAA